CAAAGGUAGUACAGCAAUUAAUCUUCCCAAAUCCUAAGCCAUGUUCGCCGAAAAGAGCACCAAAAUUUGGGUGGAUCUCUGCGUGAGUAUCCUAGCCCACUUCCUGAUCUUGGCGCCUUCGAUCUACAUCGUCGUCCUCUAUGCACAGGCCGACUACAGCCUCUUCGUCUGGCAUCCAACAUGUUUUACAGUUGGGUGCGCUCUGCUAAUGACUGAGGCCAUCCUUGCGAUAUCGGGGGAGAAUUUGCUCCUCUCAAAAUCGUCGAGGGUAAAUCGUAUCAGGGUUCACUCGCUGUUACACAUCCUGGGUAUGGUGCUAAUGACGGUUGGAUUCGGGGUCAUCAUAGCCAACAAGAUAAGAAACAAUAGUAACCACUUUACAUCGGACCAUGGAAAGCUGGGUCUGACCGCGGUGAUCGUCGCCUACGUCGUCGCCCUGGGCGGAGUUUCCACAUCGUAUUCCGGUCUGCUGUCUCCGAGGGUGAGCCUUGCCAGCCUGAAACUGGUCCACGGCUGCUGCGGUAUCGUCGCAAUUAUCCUGCUCUUCGCCACCCUCUUUACCGGCCUUUAUAAGAGGUCAUUCCCCGGCAGUGAGCUUGGCGUAAGCCUUACAGUCUCCUCCUACGUAGUCGGCCUGUUUAUCGUCCUGAUCAAACCUCUCUACACGACGCUGGUCAGAAUUCGCGGGAUUUUCACAUAG